CGGCUUUGGGCUAAAAUUCUUGAGUUUAAGGAUAAGAGAGUGAAAGCCAUCACUGAAAUUGUGAACAGUAUUAAAGUGUUGAAACUGUAUGCCUGGGAGGGCUCGUUCAUGGAUCAGGUGCUCAAACUCAGGCUUCAGGAGACUAAUACGUUGAGCUCAAUAAUGAAACUGGGUACUAUUCAAAUUGCCAUCAUAGUUGCCACACCAUUCUUAGUCAGUUUAGUUAGUUUUACGGCAUUUAUACUCAUCUCAAACAAUAAUAUUCUGGACGCGAAUAAAGCAUUUGUCUCAUUACUACUGUUUAACAUAAUGAGUAAGUAG